GGUGGAGACUUCAGGCCUGUUUGUGUUACGUUUAGGGAAGUUGCUCAAUAUCGGAAAUUCACAUUACACAGGACUGUUUUGACUCAGUUUCGUUAUUUUCCUUUUCUUGAGGGGGGACAAACUCAAUGGAGGACAAACACCAACCUCGACGUCGCUGCGAGUCUUUCAGUUAGAAAAAGAAAGAAACCUGUGUUAGCAACAAUGAACAAGUCUGUGACUUCCUCUACCUACAUCCGCAACCUCAACUAUAGUUUACUCCGCAAUCUAGCGGACUUCUUGGACCCUCAAGACAGAUGGAAAGAUAUCAUAGUGUCGAUACGGAAGCCGGGAGGGGAGUUAAAAUACUCUCAACACCAUGUUAGGUGGGAAUCUGUCUGUCUGUCUGUCUGUGUUUGUGUGUUUGUCAGUUUUCCUGUAUAUUUUACCUGUCUGUAUUUUCAGGAGAUUUGAAUGCCUCAUCGUUCAGGGUAAAAGUCCCACUGUGGAGCUGCUGACUGACUGGGGGACCACCAACAGUACAGUGGGCGAACUUGUGGACAUCUUACUGAGUAACAAGUUACUGGCUGCAGCCGGUCUCCUGAUACCUGGUAACAUUUCUAGAUACUAAAAGUGGUCACCAGUUAAACCAGUUAAAGUCAUCAGACAUCAAAUGCCCACAGACAUGCCCCCCACAUGUUUUUAUUGUUUCAAAGUUUUUCAAAAAAGCUUUUGAAUUGUUUUUUUAUAGUCUUCAAAGAACAUUAUUUAUAUAUAGGGGAGAGUGGGGUAAGUUGACCAUAGGAAACCACUCUUUUUUGUCAUGCUAUAUUAUAAAGUCAGUUAUGUUUACACUCAUUCUGUUGGUUUGCAGGGAUGAAAAACAUCCUGAAAUAUAUGCAGAUACACUAGUUAGAGACAAAGCUAUGAUUGCCUUGAUGUAGUGAUCUGAAAUAUGAAAAACGGCUCAUCUUACCCCACACUCCCCUACUAGGUGUUGUACCCAAAAGUUAAUUCACUUUUCCAUUUUUUUUUCUUUUCUGUCAAGACGCUGCGGAAGAGUGCACCUGUGCAUCACUACCACCAGUUUCUCCAGCACUUCAAGCAUACAAUGACUGUCCUACAAGAGUGCUGGAUGAGGGAGAUCCACAGCCACCACCUGCCAGCCCCGUGCAGCAAACACAGAGUCAACUUGAGACCACUGAAAUAGGCCAACAAGGUGCUUGCAGUUUUUUUCCUACAGUUUAGUAAAGCCAAUUUAGAAUCUGAUUUUUACACCUGAGUUACAUUCAGUCACAUGGUAAAAGAGGCUGGAAAUUACAUCAUAGGGAUACAGUCUUAUGAAGUGAUCUGAUUCGGUGACUGAGAAGAGAGUGCGAUGUAUGUAGCAACAACUAUCUAAAUGACAUUUUGACGUCCACAAAGUCAAAAUUAUAGAAGAUAUGCUUUUAAUAAAAAAUGAUUACAUAAAUGCAGGCAGCAGCAGAGUAACGUAAAGUACAAAAAUUAACAUGUAAAUUUUCUGUGAUUUCUGCUUUAGAUUUCUCCAGUUUCUUAUACCAUGAACUGAUGAGGGUUACAGGCAACUUUGAUGACCGGCCUAUAUCAGAUGGCGGCUGCAGGCUCGGAGAGGGAGGCUUUGGCACUGUGUAUAAAGGUCUCCUCAAUGACAAACCGGUGGCUAUUAAAAAACUCUGCCCAGUGAGUUAAAAAAAAUUAAAUAAUUUCAUUUGUAUACCUUUGUCAAUACUAAAAAUCUCAACACAUAAUAUGUUGUCUUUCAGGUAGAUGACGUCUCAAUAUAUGAGCUGCGGGUUCAGUUCGACCAAGAGAUCCAAACUCUGAAAGCGUAUGUCUCAUCUUUGGUCUUUGUCAUUCUGUUCGCUUUUGUGUGACUCAGAGCUACUUCAUAACCAUCAGACUUUAUUAGCUUGGAGAGGCCGACUCUUUUUGAAACACACAUCUUGAUCCAAAUAAUGGAACUAGGGAGUAAAAGCAAUAAUAAGCAGAAGACUGCAGGUUUAAUACCAGCAAACACCUUGUAUGACGCAGACAUACAACCAGUUAGAAUUUCUGCUUAAGUCACAUUGGAAAAUACACAUUUUUGUUCAUACAUGUUGUUAAGCAUUAUCCUGAGGUUUACGUCAAUGUUCAGUGAUGUUUGUUGGGAAACAAGCAAGAGAACGAAUAGGCAUAUCUCCAAACAUUGGUGUAAAUCAUGAUUUAUUGAUGUGCAAACACAGAUCUGAUAUGACAAGACUUUUCUUUCACAGGUUAAAACACGAACAUUUGGUUGACAUGGUCGGAUUUUCCUGUGAUGGACAGCACCCGUGUUUGGUGUAUGUGCUGAUGUCCAAUGGGUCUUUACUCGACCGGCUAGCUUGCUUGGUAAGAAGCAUCUCCCUUGCAGACUUUUGCAUCUGAAGAUGGCGUUCUUUCUUUGCGAAAUAGAAUUACUGAAUAGAGAGAGAGGAAAUGACAAACAUCAAACGUUUACAGCCAGGAGUUGAACCAGCAGUUAUCAAACCACUGGGCUAAAAUAGCCCCAAUUUCACAGACAUCAAUUUCUAUAACAUCCUAAUGAAGAUGGUUUUAUUGUCCCAUAAGGAAGGAAGUCCUCCUCUGCCUUGGCGACAGAGAUGCUCAAUAGCUGAAGGGACAGCCAGAGGCUUGGAGUACUUGCAUAACAAUCAUCAUGUCCACAGAGAUGUUAAAAGGUAAAUACAGAUGUGUCUGUCUCCUUUACAAAUAUCUGCUCUGAAAUGCAAAGUGCAACAUUUUGAAAUAAAUACUUGUUGACUUUCCUGCGUAUUUUCAGUAAAGACCGAACCCACUCUGAAAGCCCAUUUAUACUGAAUCACAUCAUGCAUCCUCUGCAAAUCAAAUCGCCAUCUGAUCUCACAGAGCAAAUGCAGCCAGGGCGCAUUUGGAGUGGAUUGUAAUAUCAUUUCCCAAACCAUCUCUUAGACAUAAUCAUGACAUAUGAAGGUCAAAAAUAGUGGAUGCACUGAUCUUGGUAUAAAAAAUGUGAAAGGAUAUCGAGGAUAUUUCUGGACUGGAUGUUGAAGAUUUAAUGUUUAAAAGUGAGCCCCAAACGAACGGGUUUGUGGAUGUUGUUAGAUUUGGCCGGAGCCAGAAGAACUGUCGCUACUCAUUCUGCUAUACUGAGCUAACUAGCUGCUAGCUGUUGCUUUACAUUUUCCCAUUAGACACAAUUUUGGUGUCAAUUUCCAAAACAUAGACACACUCUAAAUUUAUGAAUCAGGUUACGUGACUCCUUUAUUUUUUUUCCUCAGUGCAAAUAUCCUGUUAGAUGAAAAUUUUGUGGCAAAGAUCUCCGACUUUGGGCUGACAAGGGCGUCAGCCAAGCGUACAUCGACAACCAUGAUGACAGAGAGGGUCGUGGGUACCCGUGCAUACAUGGCACCUGAGGCAAUGAGAGGAGAGAUCACUGCAAAAUCUGACGUCUUCAGCUUUGGAGUGGUAGGCUUUCUCUCUCUCUCUCCACACACACACACAUAGGGAUAUUAUGUCAGGAAGGAAAAGUGCAGCAGUAAUGUGAAAUAUUCAACAUGACUCAGCAGUUUAGUUGAGUGCAAGGUUCUCCUAAAGUACUGACACAUAGAUAAAUGCAGGAUGCAAACAUUACAGUAUACAUUUCUCUGCAUUUGUGAAACAAGAGCUCUAUUUUUUGUAUCAGCUGUGGAUUCCUAGUGCACAACUGUAUCAGAGACUAUAGUUUUCAAAUGUUUAAUCUAAUGUCUGACAUUGGGUAAUGAUUUAUGGGCUCAGCAGCAUUGCAUUAAACAGUCUGUCCAUCCGUUGACUCAGUAUAUCCAACUUACACUGUAUGUCUUUUAGUACAGCUGUGAAAACACUGCACUAUCUGAGAUCCUGCUUGGCUCAUGGACAGGUAAUAAAGGUUUUCUGUCAACCAGGGCCAUGUUAUUAACCUCAUCUCUCUGCCCUCUACAGGUGUUGUUAGAAAUAUUGUCUGGACUCCCGCCAGCCGCUGAAAACCAGGAGCCACAGUUCUUGGUAGGCAGCACAAAAGAGGCUUUCACUGCAGAUCUAUCAAGCAUCACUUUAAGAGUACAGCAUAUUAAAGACUUAGUAUUUAAUAACUAAGGAUAUCUUAUCUUGCGGUAGCCAUUAGUGAGUAAUUGUAAGGAUUUGAGUGAGCGUUAUCUGCGGUGACUCUUCUUUAAAUGAUAAAACACGAGGUCAAAUUUGGAGUGUAUGGCGAAUGAAAUCAGACUCUUAAAAUCAAAUUUAUCUGGAGUGUAAAAGCACUUGAAACAAGGCAAAAAUAGUGAAUUUAAUAGUUAUUUUCCUCUCCUUCAGAUGGAGAUGAGGUAUGAUAUAGAUGACGAAGAUGAGGACCUGACUUUGGAGGACUUCCUGGACAAAAAGAUGGGAGAUUGGGAGCAGAGCCACGUGGAGAGUAUCUACUCUUUAGCCUGUAACUGUCUCCACGAGAGGAAAAACAGACGGCCAGUCAUCAAACAGGUACAGUAAAGGAAGACAGAUACUAACAUUCACAGUGUAAGCCACUGUGUGAAGAGUCUGCACACACUGAAGUGAACCCUCAUAUUAUUAGCUCCAGAGCACAGCUGUUCAGAGUUUUGGCCUGUUUGUAUCUGGAAACGAAUGAGCCACAUUUUUCCAUCUGGAUUAGAUAAUCUGUCUUACUUUGUCCAGGCUUUUAAGGAAUUCAAGGGUUAUAACUGGGACGUCAUAGCUGAAAGUUUGCCUACAGGGGGCACUAAAAUCCACACAAACUGAAAGAUCUUGGCAGCUGCUUUGAAUUAUUUUAUGUCUGGUAUGAGAAGCUAUUUGGUGAAUUCAGAAAUCCUUCUUACAACUUUUCAACAACUCAAACUGAAGGUUUAUCCAGUAAAAAAGCAAGAUUGUGUCACCCUAUCUGCUAUGCUAAUUCACUCUCGUGUGCAACUUGGUUUUCUUUGUCAAUAAGUGUGGAAGAAAGUCCCAAACACCUCUUGACAAACCUCAUCUAACUGACCCAAACUAGUGGUGUGUCGUUCGCGAACGAUUCGUUCAAAAGAACCAAAUCUCUUAAGUGAACGUACUGAUUAAAUCACUUCCUCGAGUGAUUCGUUCGUUUCUCACUUCAGUUAAGCUGAAGUGAGAAACAGCAUUGCCAGGCCAGCAGCCAGCGAACGAGGAACCACAUGCACCGACACCUGAAUCACUUGGUGAACGAAUCACGCAUUGAACUACACUCUCUGGAAUCAUUUUUGUUGUACAAAAGUACCUUUUCUUUAAUUUUCACUGCUAAAUUGCCAUAACAACAACUUGCCUACAAUAGGACACAGCAUGUAACAAAUAGUGCAUUAAACCUGCAGCAUCCUAUCAUUGCAACGGUUUGCGAGGGAACGGAUUCUAGUGAUUCAGUACAUCUAAAACAACUGCCAUGCCCCUCACUAACCCAAACUAACAAUGUCUGGAUCGUUUUGUUUAUAUGAUCCAGCUGCCCGUCUGCCAGUCUGCAGCCAUGUCUCAGUCUCAUUGAUUUGACUGGAGUCUUGGGUAUUUAAAAAAAACAAAAUUAUAAUGUUCAACCUCAGUGAACACAGCAGCGCACAUUUGGUGCAUAGUUAAGAGUUUACAGCUGUGAGAAAAAUGCAGGACGAGUUUAGUUAAGUUCAAAAUAAACUCAAGCUCCAGUUUGGCUUAAAUUGUAUGUUUGGGUGGGACAAUGAAAGUUUAACAACAGAGGAAAUCUAUGAUGCACAGCUUUGGCUACACAGACAAUAUCUGUGAGUGGGAGCAAUUCAUCUGGUUUUUCUCUUCUUUGCAAAAACUUGCUUUUUCCCUUAUUUAAUAAAUUAGAAAUGCAAAACCAAUGCUGUAUUCUGGUUCCUUAAUCAAUCAAGUAAAAAACACAAAAAAUUCACGUUCAGCGUUUGAAAAUUCUCUGUAAAGUUUUGGCAGGUUAUUGGCCAAACUGCUGACUGUGAACGAGAACAGGCCUAAGCCUCGUAUAGAGUUUGGAUCAAAUUUGAGGUUUCACUCUGUAUGAACAAGAUACUCUGAAGCAUGUAUGAUAACUUGUAACUCAAUAACAAUAUCUAUGUUAACAGGUCCUGUUGGAGAUCAAAGGAGUGGUCAAAAACUUGUCUUUGGACUUCAAGGCUUAGCAGUGAAACAUCCCAGAGAAGAGACGAGAUUUCUGAGCCGUUUUUGUAAUGUUUGAACUGACUGAACAGGUUUGAAGGAAUGAUUGUUUCAUAACUAUAUUUUUUUUAUAAAUGAGACAAUUUUUUGUGUUUUUUAAUGUAUUUUAGAAAAGAAGUGCCUAGCUUGGUUGACAGCUGUAUCUAUCCUGCAUCAUGUUGAGGCUGUUUGUCAGAGGGUUUGAUGACAAAACAGCUUUUAAAAGGUCAAAACAAUCACCUGCACUGGUACCCCUAUGUAUUUAUAACGAUGACUGUUUAAAAAAUAAAUGUUUGAAACCAAAAA